CAUUCGACAUUCGAAGAGUUUCAUAAAAAAAAAGUUAACAGCGCACUAGCCGGAAAGUUUUAGAAAAGAAAUCAAAUUAAAAAGGUCCAGAAUCGAUGUUAAGUGAUUCCGGGUCGGUCCGAAACCAGUCGUUAAGUGCGUCACUCGGUCAACCCCACGGAACAGUAUUCAUUCGCUAGCGAAGGGCGAAAAUUGUGCAAAAAAUAUUCAGGGAAUUUAAGUUUAGCGGCGAAUUAUAGCGUCGUGUUUGAUUGUUCACUGACGAAAAGUAGUUGAGCAACAUUUCGGAAGGAUGUCGCAUACCAUUCUGCUGGUGCAGCCGGGUCGUAAUCCGGAGACGAGGACCUACAGUGACUACGAGAGCGUCAACGAGUGUAUGGAAGGGGUUUGCAAAAUCUACGAGGAACAUUUGAAACGGCGCAAUCCGAACACACCGACGAUCACGUACGACAUCAGCCAGUUGUUCGAUUUUGUCGAUCAGUUAGCGGAUCUGAGUUGCCUCGUAUAUCAAAAGUCUACCAAUACGUACGCCCCGUACAACAAGGAAUGGAUCAAGGAGAAGAUAUACGUCCUGUUACGGCAAGCGGCAGGUACCACGGACUAGAGCCAGGGACCGAAGGUGAGCUGUCCCCAUCUCCCGCCACAAAUCUACAAAAGCCCGUGCCUCCCCGGCCGACUCAUAUUCUCCUAAGUUCUCCUUUCAUAUUCAUUUCUUCUUACAAAAGCGCUAUCUAUUACGUCAUGUGUCCAUGAAAGAAUAAAACGAUAUUUUACGACAAAUAGAA